CGCUUGCCGCUACGCGACGCCGCCAAACGAACCCGCCAGUUCAGUUCACAGUUGUCUUCUGUGUGCGGGUCGGUGCAGUCAUGGCCGUGAAGGUGAAAUGGAAGUGCCACUGUGUGGUGUUAGUGAUGCUAUUUUCAAAUAUUGUGAGUGGAAUGUUCACCCGGAGGCACUGCAGUCAUCACCACCCCAAACCUCAUGAGGUAGUCCAUGGGGUUCACAUAGAGCCAGCACACGUGAUGAAGAAGCGAAGUGUGGACCAACCACUCAGGAUACUGCUCUACUACGACGAGAGCGUUUACAGGUAAGACUUCAGCACCGGUUC